UCCUAUUUAUUCAAGCCCCAAUUUUUUCAAUUCUUCACUCAAUUUUCUGCAUAGACAUUCAUACUGUAUUCAACCGAAAGCUUCGAUUUCGAAAUCCGUUUCAAGCAAUCAUUCUUUUUCCUGCUUUCAAGCAUGCAAAUCUUUGUGAAAACCCUUACCGGUAAGACGAUCACUCUCGAGGUCGAGAGCUCCGAUACCAUCGACAACGUCAAGGCGAAGAUUCAGGAUAAGGAAGGAAUUCCGCCUGACCAGCAGCGUCUCAUCUUCGCCGGGAAACAGCUCGACGACGGCAGAACCCUAGCGGAUUACAACAUUCAGAAGGAGUCUACUCUGCACCUCGUGCUCCGUCUGCGCGGAGGGAUGCAGAUCUUCGUGAAAACCUUGACUGGUAAGACGAUUACUCUCGAGGUCGAGAGUUCCGAUACGAUCGACAAUGUCAAGGCUAAGAUUCAGGAUAAGGAAGGAAUUCCGCCUGACCAGCAGCGUCUCAUCUUCGCCGGGAAGCAGCUCGACGACGGCAGAACCCUAGCGGAUUACAACAUUCAGAAGGAAUCAACACUCCACCUCGUGCUCCGUCUGCGCGGAGGGAUGCAGAUCUUCGUGAAAACCUUGACUGGUAAGACGAUUACUCUCGAGGUCGAGAGCUCCGAUACGAUCGACAAUGUCAAGGCUAAGAUUCAAGACAAGGAGGGUAUUCCGCCGGAUCAGCAGCGAUUGAUUUUCGCCGGGAAACAGCUCGAGGACGGACGAACCCUAGCUGAUUACAAUAUACAGAAGGAAUCAACACUCCACCUCGUUCUCCGUCUUCGCGGAGGUAUGCAAAUCUUCGUGAAAACUCUGACUGGGAAAACUAUCACCCUAGAAGUUGAAAGCUCGGAUACAAUUGAGAACGUGAAGGCGAAGAUUCAGGAUAAAGAAGGAAUCCCUCCCGAUCAGCAGAGGUUGAUUUUCGCGGGUAAACAGCUCGAGGAUGGCCGAACCCUAGCCGAUUACAAUAUCCAGAAAGAAUCAACGCUGCAUCUGGUUCUGAGGCUGCGCGGUGGUAUGCAGAUAUUCGUGAAGACAUUAACUGGGAAGACAAUCACUCUGGAGGUGGAGAGCUCCGAUACAAUUGAUAAUGUCAAGGCGAAAAUCCAAGACAAGGAAGGCAUUCCUCCAGACCAGCAGCGCUUGAUUUUCGCCGGGAAACAGCUCGAGGAUGGGCGCACCCUAGCCGAUUACAACAUCCAGAAGGAAUCCACUCUCCAUCUUGUUCUCCGUCUUCGCGGUGGUGAUAUCUGAAGAUGCCAUUUUCUUAAUGCUCAUUUCUUUGUGUUUAUGUCUCUUAAAUCUUAAUAGUUGGUUGAAAGGAUUCCCUAUUUUCUACUGCUGCUAGACUUGAUUUACUUUUGUUUAUCUGCAAAUAAAUUCAUUCAAAUAUAGAAUAUGCCUAUCUUGUAGUGCUGUGAUAUGCCUAAUGUUUGGCUCUAUGUGGGAAAUUGCCUAUACAGAUUCUUGAGAUAUACCCAAUGAGUGGUCUUUGUAGUGUGGGAUGGAGAAACUGAUUUGGCAUGCAAAACAUGUGGAAAAAGAGUCUCCAUUGUUCAUGACCACAUCUAGCCUUUUCAAAUUGGCCCCACACAAUUUGCAUAUAUUUUUAUACCACAACCCUAUACUCUCAGUUUUCUUAUCCUCUUGAAGGUUAUCAAUAUCCAUGGCAGAAAGCUAUGAAUUUUCAUUGUUAGGUGUCAUGGACUGUCUCUGGUUUUACCAGUCUAUAUUCUUUACAGAAACCCCUACAGUACUAUGUCCAAAACCCCUUGAAUCACUUCAAUAUUCUCGAACCUCAUCAAUGGCAGGAAACGAUUCAUCUUCAACAGUUGAUGAGAUAACUUCACAGGAUGAAGAUGUAGAAGAAGAAGAAGAAGCUAGGCAGAAUGAGACCACAGCAAAGGAAAGGCUAACAAGAUUAGAUCUUGCAGCCUGCAAAAGCCAGUCUCAUACAUCUUCACCCUCUCUUGAUAGAAGCUGCAAGAGCUUAGGGGAGCUCGAGCUCGAAGAAGUAAAGGGGUUCAUGGAUUUAGGUUUCAUAUUCGACAAAGAACGGACAAGCAAGAAGACGAUGAGCGUCGUUCCUGGCCUGCAAAGACUUCAACUGAUCAAAGCUAAACCAGAAAGAGUGUUAAAGAGUUGGAAUUCUCAAAGAGAACACGAAGACGAAGAUGACAUGGAAAGAGGCAGAGUGAGGCCUUACCUAUCAGAGGCAUGGCUCAUAAAGAGUCCCAAUUCACCAUUGCUAAAUCUAAGGAUGCCAAGGGCCUCUGCAGCUGCUGAUGUUAAGAGGCAUCUUAGACAUUGGGCCAAAACAGUUGCAACUGUGAUUCGUCAAGAAUCUUGACAGUGCCAUGAGAGAUCCUAUGGAAUUUUCAUCUGAGAGGCCACAAAUAGUAGCCAGCAAAAUAAUGCACCACGUCACUGCUGACAUAGCAGUGUACCAUAUACCCUGCCUAGCAUACUUUUUGUUCUCCCAGGUUAUAUAUCAACCUCAACCUCUCUCAACUAGGUCAACUUCUCCCAGAUCUCCACCCACAACUGCAAAUACUGAGUUGUAUAUAGUUUGGUUUCGUGUAAAAUUAAGAAGACUUACCUGGUUCGUUUUGUUA